CUCCCGGACACUGGGUGCACAAGGAGGGUGAGACAUCCCCCACCGCCCGCAGCCUCCCCUAAACUUCAACCGCCAAGCUGAGCACUCCAGGGAGCUUGGGAGCCACGCCACGACCAGCAUCUGAGGAUACUGGAGUUAUGAGCUUGGGACUCCCUGGCCUGGACACCGACCAAGCCCCCAGCUGGCCUGGGCUUCGGGCCCUCCUGCAGCAGCUCCCUCCACAGGACAGUGAUGUGCGCUACUGCCUGGCCCUUGGGGAGGAGGAACUGGCAGAGCUGCGGCUCUUCUGUGCCCAGAGGAGGCAGGAGGCCCUGGGACAAGGGGUGGCCCGUCUUGUAACUCCCAAGCUGGAAGAACACACCUGUGAGAAGUGUAAGGAGCGGCUGAGGCCAGGGGAGUACGGAGUGUUCGCAGCACGGGCAGGAGAGCAGUGCUGCUGGCACCGGGCUUGCUUUGCUUGCCAGGCAUGUGGCCAGGCCCUGAUAAAGCUCAUCUACUUCUACCACGACGGGCGUCUCUACUGUGGCCGUCAUCACGCAGAGCUGCUGCGACCUCGCUGCCCAGCUUGUGACCAGCUGAUCUUCUCCUCGCGCUGCACCGAGGCGGAGGGACGGCGCUGGCACCAGAACCACUUCUGCUGCCAGGACUGCGCCGGGCCCUUGAGCGGGGGACGUUAUGCUCUGCCGGGGGGCGGCCCCUGCUGCCCCAGCUGCUUUGAGAGUCGCUAUUCGGAUGCCAGCUCUAGCCCGGCCCCGACACUGGAAAGAAGGGAGUCCCCUGGCAAGGGAGAAGCUCUUCUCGCCGCCGCCGCCAGCUCCGGCCCGGAAACCCAGAGGGGUCUGCUGGGAUCACGCCUGGAGCGGGCGUUUCGAGAUGGGGACAAGGCAGAGGCACCCGAAGGACGGGAGCUGGACUGCUUGGAGCUGUCCUCCGAUCCCAAGGAGGUCUCCUCCUGUCCCACCUGCUCCUCUUCCUCUGACUCGGAACCCGAAGGCUUUUUCUUAGGUCAGCGCCUUCCCCGACCCGGCAAGGCCCCCGGAACCCGCCAAGCUGGGGACAGCGACACCUCCAGGAAACAUUGCACCAUUUGCUAGUGGCGCA